UUGUGUAGAGUUCUCUUCCCAAGUUCAAAACCUCAUAGUAACCAGGAAAAUCCCCAGCUCUUCAAUUCCCAUAUACAAAUACCAGCCAAACAAUUGUCAAACAAACAAAAGAGUCAUCAAUAUCUUCCAUGCGCGUUGGUUCAAGUUCAACAAAACCCUAAUUAAUUACCCCCUCUUUUUUUAGCUUUAUUUAAUUUUUGUUUAGUUUUCAACAAAACGAAUGAAAAGUGAGGUAAGAGGAAGCGGUGCAUCCAUUUCCCUUCAAAACCCUAGCCUUUUGAACACGCCACAUGAUUCUAUAACCGGAGCACUCAAAGGAUGCCUUGGUAGUCUUGACGGGGCAUGCAUAGAGAAGCUUCUUCUUCACUGCGCUAUUGCUCUUGAAAACAACGAUGUGACCUUGGCCCAGCAAGUCAUGUGGGUGCUCAACAACGUCGCUUCCUCCGUCGGCGACACAAACCAGAGGCUCACCUCAUGGUUCUUAAGGGCACUCAUCUCUAGAGCGUCUAGGGUUUUCCCCGCGGCCAUGAAUUUCAACGGCGGAAGCAUGUUUCAGAGGAGGCUGAUGACUGUCAUCGAGCUAGCCAGGUACGUCGAUUUAAUCCCUUGGCAUCGUUACGGGUUCUGUGUGUCGAACAGUGCCAUUUUUAAGGCCGUCCAAGGAUGCACGAAAGUUCAUAUAUUAGAUUUUACCAUCACUCAUGGUAUGCAGUGGCCUACUCUAAUAGACGCACUAGCUAAGAGACCCGAAGGGCCUCCUUCGCUUCGAAUCACGGUGCCAUCUUGCAGGCCACAAGUUCCUCCUUUGCUCAACGUGUCGCAAGAGGAAGUCGGACACCGACUGGUGAAUUUCGCCAAGUUCAGGGACGUGCCUUUUGAAUUCCAUGUCAAGGAUGACCCUUGUGUGUGCAAUGAAUCACUGUUGACUCAGUUGACUCGUUACGAGCUAGACCUUAGGGAGGAGGACGAAGCUUUGGUCAUAAACUGUCAAAACUGGCUACGCUAUUUGUCCGAUGAGACAAAAGGGCAUGGUUUUUCGCUGCGAGAUGCUUUCCUCGACAUAAUUAAAGGCCUCAAUCCUCGUAUUACAGUUGUGGUCGAUGAGGAUUGUGAUUUAAGCGCACCGAGCCUCAGUUCGAGGAUCACAACAUGCUUCAAUUAUCUUUGGAUACCCUUUGACGCAUUGGAGACAUUCUUGCCCAAAGAUAGUUCCCAAAGGCAUGAAUACGAAUCUGAUAUGGGUCACAAAAUCGAUAACAUCAUCGGUUUAGAAGGGUUUCGAGGGAUAGAGAGGCUAGAAUCCGGAGCAAAAUUGUCACAAAGGAUGCAAAAUGCCGGUUUCUUCAGCCUUGCAUUUUGUGAAGACACCAUUAAUGAAGUUAAAUCCCUUUUAGAUGAACAUGCUAGUGGAUGGGGCAUGAAGAGAGAAGAAGAUAUGCUGGUUCUCACAUGGAAAGGUCACAACUCAGUGUUCACCACGGCCUGGGCCUCGACCGAGUUGGAGGAUUGAAACGGGUGUGAACAUAAGACAAAGAAAAACAUCAGUGGUCCGGUUGAAACAGCAGAGACAAAACAGGGAGCUGCUUCUCUCAUUGUCGAAAGGCUGUAAAUGGGCAUAAGACAAAAAAAAACGCAGAAUUUUGUGGAUAAAAUCAUGUUUCAUACCAUUAACCUAUUCCAUCUUCUUUAUAAAUUAGGCGACUUUAGAUAGCUUUUGUUUUUGGUUCAGUAAAAAGCAAGGAGAGAAAUGUACAAAAAUGAAAUAUAAUUUGCAUUUGUAUGCGGC